GUAAACUCUUUCUGCUCCGUAGGUUGAAACGAGAGUCAAUAUCCGGUUUGGUAUUGUUUUGGUGAACAAUUUCAAUGUAACUACUGUAUUGUGAUUUUAAUGACACUUCUACAGAGUAUUAAGUUUGUUCAACCAUGGCUUCCGAAAGUUGGUCAGGUUUCACAGACGAAGAUAUCGAAAGAAUUAAAUCAAAUUCUACUAAUUCUGCGUUAUGCAGUGACAAAUCCUGUGAAGAAGCAGCUAUGAUUCAAACUAGAGGUCCCAUGAAAAUCAAAAGAAGUGUUUCUGAAACAUUCGAAGAAGUUAAUCUCUCCACUGUACCUAAUAACACUGACCCUAGUUGUAAAGGGAAAAGAGUAGCUCAGAACUGUAAAAAUAAAUAUGUAAAACCUACAAGAUCUGAAAAGAAAACCAACAGUGAAAGAGAAAUUUGUGAUCAAACAUACGACUAUCAGUGUUUGGAUACUGUAGAUGCUGCUGCAGAAGAAGACAGAUUUACAAAAGAAAAUAUAAGCAUUACAGAUCCAGAAAAUGAGAUGCAUUUGCCUUCAUUGGAACUCUUUGAAUUGAAACAAAAGCGAAUUGAAGCAGAGAAUGCUAGGAGAAGAGCACUCAUUAGUAAAGCAAUAACAGAUAAGAAAAAACGCACUCUAGCGGAGGCUGCAAAAUUGAACAAGAUAACUUAUGAAUUGGAUCGAUUGGAUUCCAUUCUCAGUGCUGAUGUAUCGAUUUUACGAGAUUACAUUGAAAAAGCUAGCUUGGAGUUCACUGAAGCUGAGAAAAGGUACCUAAAAGCAGAAAAGGAAUUUGUUGAGGCAAAGUUAUCCCUUUUCGAAAAGAUGCAAAGAAAACAACAGCUAACCGAACACCUUUGUGCAAUAAUUGAACAAAAUGAAAACAGAAAAGCUAACAAACUUGUUGAACUCAUGAAACAAUUAGAGAUGGAAGCUGUUAUGGAAGAUUAUGAAAUAAAUGAUAUUGAACCUAUUUUAUCCAACCUUUGUAUUUUGAAUGAUGAAGCGUACCACUCUUGUCAGACAUUGAAAACAUGUUCUCCUGAUUCAAAAAAGAGUUCUCCUUCACCUGAACAAAACAUUCAAAAUGAACUUAAAAACAAUGAAUGCCAUGCAACUGAAGAUGAUGAGAAUGGGCAAAGCGAAUCUCCUGAAGGUUCAGAUUUCAAAAAGGAAGUUACUUGACAAUUUGUUUUAUUUGUACAUAAUAUUUAUUCAAUUCCUACUGAUUUCCGAUACAUUAAUUGGGAAUGAUGACUAAAUCAAAUAGCAAUGUUACCUGUAUAUUCUACUCUUGUUAUGCAUUUAUAGAAUAUUAUGAAUUUUUGCUAGAAAUUAAUUCUACAAACUGUUCUUUAACAAAAAAAAAAAAAAAAUUAAACAGUAUAGAGUAUACUGUAUUUUGUCAAAACUGAUAUUUAACUUGUUAUAGAAAUCAAUCUAUUUUAAUAAUAAAGUU